AUGGGAGAGACACGGGCAGAGUCUGGAGCAAGGACAGAAGCUGGAGCAGUGGCACAGGUUGGAGCAGGGAUAGAAGCCGGACCGGUGGCAGAGGUUGGAUCAGUGUCAGAGGAUGAAUCGGUGGCAGAAGUUGAAGCAGUGACAGAGACUGAGGCAGAGGUUGAUGAAGAGGUCGAUGAAGAGGUCGAGAAGAAGGUCGAGGAAGGGGUCGAGGAAGAGAAUGAGGCAAGGGAUGAGGCAGAGAUGGAGGUAACGGACGUUGAAACACCAGCUGGCCAAAAUAACGAUGAGGCCAUGGAGGUGUGGAAGUCAUGA